GUGAAAAAACCCGGCAUGAUUGCUGCAGCACAAACUUUAGGCCUCGCAAAUUCAUGAGUAGGACUUGGAAAAAGUUGGUUUUGGAGUCGUUCCAAAUUUUGAACCUUCUUCUCCUUCUUCCUCUGCUCCCAAAUUCAAGUCUCUGCGCGGCCAUGGAAGACGAGUACAAGCUGAGUCGACAUUCCGGCGACUCAGUGACUGUCGAGUUGCCGGCCAUGGUCAUUGUGACGGCCGUUCUAGUCUUCUUCUUGGUGCUUGUGUUUGUUCUCCUUCUCCAGCUCUACGCCAGAUGGCUGUGGUCUCGGAUUGAAGAUCCCACGCCGCUUCCGGUGGAAGCUCGCCGCCGUCGCCGCCGCCGCCGCCGAUUCGACUUCUCCUCCGUCCAAGACCCCAAUUCCGGAAGAGGGUUGGACCCCACCGUCCUCCGGUCACUUCCUGUUCUGAUUUUCCACCCUGAAAACUUCAAAGAUGGACUGGAAUGUGCCGUUUGCCUCUCGGAGGUUAUCGAAGGUGAGAAAACGAAGCUGCUUCAUGAUUGCUGCCAUGGAUUCCACAGCGAUUGCAUCGAUAUGUGGUUUCAGUCCCACUCCACGUGUCCCCUCUGCCGGAACCCCGUCACCGCCGCCGCUGCAGAGACCAGCCAGGUUCAGGAAGAGGAUUCUGCAUCUGGGUCGUCUUCAGAAUCUCCAAUUUUCCCUACAAAUGUUCUGUUUUGGGGAAACCAGGCACAGGUCACCUCCGCCGGAGCUUGUCCGGAACUGGAAGAGAGCUCUUCUCAAAUCACUUCUCCGGCAGCUUCUUCGUCGGCAUCGGCGGCGGGUCACCCAGAUGCAGAAUUGACAAUUGACAUGCACAGCGAUCUUCAGUUUCCGCCAUUGGCACCUAAUGAGGAGCGAAAGUUACCAGUUGCCACCAGAUUGAGGUCCCUGAAAAGGCUUUUGAGUAGGCAAAGAAGAGUGAAUCCUUGUAAUAAUACCACUUCACCUAAUGAUGAAAUGGAACAAUUGGCCUGAGAUGAGAACAGAGUAAAAAGCUACUCUGUUUUUCUUUUUCUUACGAUGUAAGUUCAAAACUUGUACAAAUUUCUUAAGAGCCAAAGACUGUUCGAGAGCAUCUCUGAAACGAAUGUUUUCUUAACUCUUCCGACGUUAGAAUAUGAUU